AUGCCUCUGUUCCCACGGAAACUGGCUGAAUUGUUCAGCAUGGAGACCUAUGUGCGGAACCCCGGCGCUGGGAAUGGAGGUCUGGGCUCCCGGCUGGCUCAGGGGGCCUCGGCCCGGGAGCCCCGGCAGGGGCAGCUGAGCAGCGCUGCCCCCAGGGUCACUGCCAGGGAGGAGGACAAGGGGAAGGACCAGCAGGACUCAGCCUCACACAGAGUACCAGGCCUCCCACUGAGCCAGGCCCAGGAGACGGAUGGUCCCAGCAGUCCUGGUCUUACGAGUGACAAAGACCUGAGGGACGGCUUUGGAAAGAUCCGUGCUGCAUUGUGCAAGUUGGCCGAAAAGAACUUAGAGCCAAAAGAUGUGGAAAUUUUUGAAAAGGAAAUGAAGAAAAGGAGAGAAGAGAAAACAUCCUUGCAGCUGCCUCCACAGACAGUUGAGCCCGGGGAUGCAGCUGAAGCAAGCUUUAGCCUACCACCUGUCAAUGGCACAGCUUCCAGUGUGCAGAGAAAACACCCUGGUAAUGCCUUGAAGAAGAAGGUCUUGAGGAAGCAGGAGAAAGUGCCCUUACAGCCCAGUGUGCUUAUGAUCCAUGAGGAAGGCUCUGUCCCAUGCAACUCCUCAGGAGUGGGAGCUCUGCGGGCUCAGGAACUGCCACUGGCUGUGCUGCCCGUGGCACCUGGGAGCUGGCAAUGGCUGUGUGGGCAAUGCCGCUCCAGGGCGGGUGCCUUGCCCGGGGCUGCAGCGCUCAGGGCUGACCCUCUCCUUACAGUGACCUCGCAGACGGCCCCUGGUGCCCAGCGCCGAGAGGAGCUGCAAUGUGGGCACGGGCACAAGGACACAGCCUCUCCUGACCCACAGCAGUCCUUGCUCCAGGCACUCUCCCUGCUCCGCAGUGAUGACUGGGAGAUGAAGGAGAAGGGACUUGUCAGCCUCAAACACCUGGCUGGGUCCCAUUCAGAAGUCCUGCUUUCAAGACUUCGUGACAUUUGCUUGGCAGUUACCAGUGAGGUGACCAACCUCCGGUCAAAGGUGUCCUGCGCGGCUGUUGACACUUUGGGAGAGUUUUUUGCCACCUUGAAGCAGGACAUGGACUCUGAGGUGGAUGAGGUGGUUCGGGUCCUUCUCCGCAUGCUGCGUAAUUCCCCAGAGUUUGUUGAGAAAGCAGCCAGUCACACCCUGGGCAUCAUGGUGGAGAAUGUGACUCCUGCACGAGCAAUAGCUGCUCUCCUGGACAGUGGAGUCAAGGCCCGCCACGUCCAGGUGCGGAAGUGUGCGGCCGAGCUGCUGCUGUCCUUGCUGGAGAGAAUUGGAGUCACGGAGCUCGCAGGCACAGCCGGGGCUGGGAGCCUGGUGCACGCGGCAGGGACGCUGGCUCAGGACCGUCACCAGGACACAAGGCAUUAUGGGCAGGACAUGGUGAAGAUGUUGCUCAAUCACCCAGAAGGCAAAAUGCUUUUGGAGCGAUCCGUUCCCACCCGUCACCUGGAAGAUAUUCUGAAAAGAAUGAAGAAGAGAACGCCCAUCUGUCAAGAGCCUGUGAAGAAGAGGAGCGAUGGCUCGAAGCAGCCCCAGGCCACAUUGCCUUCUAGUCAAAGGGUGAAGUCGACCUCUGCUGGACGCCUCCUACAGCGUCCAAAAGCCCAGGUGACGUUACCUCCAGCCAGGGAUGAAACGGAGACGCUCCAGAAGCUUUACGAUCUCCUGGAAGCCAAGGGGUUUGAGACACGGAUGGAAGGAGUGGUACUUCUCCUAGAUGUGUGCAAAACCAGCCCCAAGCUCAUCGCCACUAACAUUGUCCAAAUUUUUCAUCAUUUUGACCUGAGAAUAUUUGACACUCACAAGAGAGUGAAGCAGAUGGCGCUGGACAUGCUGGCAGAAAUCAUAGCCAUCCUGGAAGAUGCCUUGUACCCAGUGAUGGUCCUUUUGGUGGAAGGAAUACUAAAGAACCUGAACUCAAAGGACCCUGGGGUUCAUGCUGCAGCUGUGAACGCCCUGGAAGAAUCCAUUGCUCAUUUAGAUAAAGUAUCACUGAUGAAAGAGUUCAGCCACCAAUGGAGUCAACUGAGUGGGCAAGCUCUGCUGGAUGUCACAGAGCGUAUCACAGACCUGACUGGCUCCACUCUUGCCAAGAAGUUUUUCCGGAUGUUUUCCAUGUUCUCUUAGCCACAAAGUCCUUGCCUCCCAUCCAGAAGAGUUCUCUUUCCUCUGAGCUCAGGAAGAAGCUGCUGCCUAUCCAAAGAGUGUUUGAGAAAAGGAUUUAUACGUUAGCCUUUAUAGCUACAAAUGUACAGAUAUUCUGAUAGUUAGCUGUAGGUUUGAAUAAAUGUAUCUUGACUGCAUCUUUAAAAUUCUGAUGAUAUAUUUUGAAUUGUAUAUAUUUUAUUCUGAUCACAUGUUUUGAUUUUUAUAUUUUAAAUAUAAUAAUUUUUUUAAAAACUAAGCAGGGCAUGUGAGUCCAGGAUCUAAUAAUUUGGAGGUUAUCAGAGUGCAGCUCACUCCAUGUACCAGUGUCUCACCAUAUUCUUUCUUCACUUGGCCUCUCCUCUUCCUCUUUUGCCUUGUUAUC